AGUGUCGUCAUUACGCAAGCGCACUGGCAGUUAGUUUCCCCGCCUCCUCGGGAAGGAGAGGUGGGAGCGGGGCUGCUCUCUGCCUCCGCCUCCGUCUCCCUCCUCCUCCCGCCCAGGUCGUUCAUCGGCUGCCUCUUGAACUCUCGCGAGGCUCAGCGCCCGUCGGUAUUUUGAGGGCCCCCUUUCCUCAGCAGCUGCCGCUGCCGCCGCCGUCCCUGCGGUAAAAGCUGGAGCCGCCGCCUGCGCCCCCGCCCUCCCCCGCGGCACGGAGCCGGACCCGGAGCCGCCCCCUCCUCUUCCCCGCCCCUCUCUGGGCCGGAGCCGCCGGGAGCCCCCGAUUUUCCUCAGCCGCCACCGCCCCGUCAGCCGGGGGACCAUCUGAGAGCUGUUCACUCGCCUCAGGCUGAAUCUACCCGCUGCCGCCAGCGGCGGAGCAUCCUCCUUCUGUCGGUUCGCCUGGCCGGCCGACUUCCCCUUCCCUCCGGUGAUCUGUCCGUACCCCCUCUCCAGCCCCGGCGGGCCGGGCUGCAACCUCUCUGCUGCCGGGGGCAGAAGGAGGAGGAGGGACCGCCGGCCCCCUCCCGGGGUGUGUCCCACAAAUGGCGUCGGACAGCGACACCGAGGAGUUCUACGAUGCCCCCGAGGACGUGCACCUGGGGGGUGCCUACCCCGCCGGGUCCCCAACAAAGACUGGGUUUUCUACCUUAAAGGAAACAGAUAGCGUCAAACGUAAGGUUGGAAAUGAGUUCCCUGUUCAAGAAUUGAAGCAAGAUGAUUCCAAGAAGAUUAUUGACAGUAUUAUUGAGGAGAGCCAGAAGGUCCAGCAGCUUGAAGAUGAACCUUUGGAUUCUAAAGGAAAAAAACAUUCUGAUUCAGAACCAACCACAAAUACAGAUCUUCUGAGCAAUAUUCCUGGACUCUUAGCCACAGAUCAGGUGUCACAAGAUGUUAAAAAAAGAGAAAAGCAGAAGGGGUUUAAGGAAACUAAACCUGAGUUUAGCAAAUGUUCUUGCCCUUAUGAAGGUCCUGCUGAAAAGCAAGUGAGUGAAAUCACUCAGGUAACAGAAGUCAGUUCAACCGAUGAGCAAAGUGUAAUGGAAACAAAAGAAGCAGCAACCAGAACUGAAGAAGUAAAACAGACCAAUGUUUUAGAACAGGUAUCAACGGACUUCUUCCCUCCCAAAGAUGUAGCUGCCGCAGAAGAAAUGGCUCCUGUAAAACCCCCAAGGCAUAUUCCUGUUGAGCCUGAUAUCGUGGCAAGCACCAAGAAACCUGUCCCAGCUCGGCCUCCUCCACCAGCCCAUCUCCCUCCACCUAGACCACCUCCUCCUGCCCGGCCUGCUCCUCCGCCCCGGAAAAAGAAAAAUGAAACAGAGUUGGAGGCCCUGAAGCCGUCAGAGCUAGAAGCAUCUAGAGAGAAUUUUGCAUCUGGAAGUGCCUUGUCUCCCAAUACAACUUCUGAAUGCCAGUCCAAGGAUACACAGCCUUCCCUAGAUUUGGCAAGUGCGACCAGUGGAGAGAAAAUUGUCACUGACCAGGAAAAUGGAAAAGGACCUGAUGGGCAGACAGUAACGGGGGAGAUGAUGGGUCCACAAAGACCAAGGUCCAACUCUGGAAGAGAACUCACUGAUGAGGAAAUUUUAGCCAGUGUUAUGAUUAAGAACCUUGAUACGGGAGAAGAAAUACCUUUGAGCCUUGCAGAAGAAAAACUGCCUACAGGUAUUAAUCCGCUCACUCUGCACAUUAUGAGAAGGACUAAGGAAUAUGUAAGUAAUGAUGCAGCACAAUCAGAUGAUGAAGAGAAGAUCCAUUCUCAGCAAACAGAUACUGAUGGUGGAAGGCUAAAACAGAAGACGACUCAGUUCAAAAAGUUCUUGGGAAAGUCUGUGAAAAGAGCCAAGCAUCUUGCAGAAGAAUAUAGUGAGCGUGCUGUAAAUAAAGUGAAAAGCGUUAGAGAUGAAGUGUUCCAUACUGAUCAAGAUGAUCCGUCAUCAAGUGAUGAUGAAGGAAUGCCGUACACAAGACCAGUGAAAUUCAAAGCAGCCCACGGAUUCAAAGGACCAUAUGACUUUGAACAGAUUAAAGUGGUUCAGGAUCUUAGUGGUGAACACAUGGGAGCAGUUUGGACCAUGAAAUUUUCUCACUGUGGCCGAUUACUUGCUUCAGCCGGACAAGACAAUGUAGUGAGGAUAUGGGCUUUAAAAAAUGCUUUUGAUUAUUUCAACAAUAUGCGAAUGAAAUACAAUACAGAAGGCCGAGUAUCCCCUUCACCUUCUCAAGAAAGUCUGAAUUCAUCAAAAUCUGAUACUGAUGCAGGAGUAUCCAGUGGUGCUGAGGAGGACACUGAAGAUAAGAAUGCUCCAUUCCGGCAGCGGCCCUUUUGCAAAUACAAAGGGCACACAGCAGACCUUCUAGAUCUUUCCUGGUCUAAAAACUAUUUCUUGCUUUCUUCUUCCAUGGAUAAAACCGUCAGGUUAUGGCACAUUUCCAGAAGAGAAUGCCUCUGCUGUUUUCAACAUAUAGAUUUUGUCACUGCUAUUGCAUUCCAUCCAAGAGAUGACCGUUAUUUUCUAAGCGGAUCCUUGGAUGGAAAACUCCGACUGUGGAACAUUCCUGACAAAAAAGUGGCAUUGUGGAAUGAAGUAGAUGGUCAAACCAAGCUGAUCACGGCUGCCAAUUUCUGUCAGAAUGGCAAAUAUGCUGUCAUUGGCACAUACGAUGGCCGUUGUAUCUUCUAUGACACUGAGCAUUUGAAAUAUCAUACCCAAAUACAUGUACGAUCUACCAGAGGACGCAACAGAGUUGGAAGAAAAAUUACUGGCAUUGAACCUUUACCUGGAGAAAAUAAGAUACUGGUGACCUCAAAUGACUCCCGAAUCAGACUAUAUGACCUUAGAGAUUUGUCAUUGUCUAUGAAAUACAAAGGCUAUGUCAACAGCAGCAGCCAGAUCAAAGCAAGUUUCAGCCAUGAUUUUACAUACCUUGUUAGUGGCUCAGAAGAUAAAUAUGUUUAUAUUUGGAGUACAUACCAUGAUCUAAGCAAGUUUACUUCAGUCAGAAGAGAUCGCAAUGACUUUUGGGAAGGAAUUAAAGCACACAAUGCUGUUGUUACAUCAGCAAUCUUUGCUCCAAACCCAAGUUUGAUGUUAUCUUUGGAAGGGACAUCUGAGAAGGCUGAAGCUACUGAGAAAGAUAGUGAUUCUCAAGUAUCAGACACCAUACCUUCCGGUGCUCUGAAGACAGACCACACUGAAGUUCUCCUGUCUGCUGAUUUCACUGGAGCAAUCAAAGUGUUUAUUAACAAAAAGAAAUAUGUAGUUUGACUUGUGAGAAAGCAAUUAAAAAUAAACAGAGAUGAGUGAGUUUCUGUAGGCGUCUUAAGUUAAAACCAUUGGAUUAGUGUUGCAGGCUAACAUUGUUUUUAAGCUGCUCAGAUAUCAUAUAUUUUGGGAGGCAUCGUCAAUGAGCUAGUGACCGGACCCCAUAGAACAGAAAGGGCACGUGUAUACCUGCAAGAAAGAGAAUUGCCUAAUGAUAGGCCUGACAUUUUUAAAAUGGUUGUGGUAUUGCUCUAUAGUUGUCAACAUGCAAAGGUUUCCGCAUGAAAUAUAUUCAUCUCUGAAUCUCCUGUGUGUGCCUUUUUUUGGUUACAUGCCCUGAAUUUAAUAGCUCAAUUCUUCUGAGGCUCUUUUUGCCAUUCAAAGAAAGGAAAAUGGUUUUGGUUUAGAGUUCCAAAAAAACUUCUCUUUUGCACAGAAUUCUUUUUUUUUCCUUAAAGGUGGUACCUUUGGACUCUGGGAGUGACACGGACAAGGUGAUGCAGGUUUCCAGUAGGUCAACAACUAUGUGUAAAUGUUUUUAUAAAUUUCUCAAUUUGAGGAUAAAUUGUUUUGUGGCCCAAUUUCUUGUGGAUUUUAGGAGUUUCUUUGUACGUGUAUAUAGAAAUAGCAUUUUUUUGCACACUGGAGCACAAUAUUUCUAUGUAAAGAACUCUUUUCAUUCCUUAUUUCGUGGUCACUAGGCUCUAUGAGAGCUCACUUUAAAAAAAAAUUAAGCUGCACUCAUUAGAAAUUCUUUUCUACAGCAAUGUAAAAAUGAACUGUUUACAUUUUUUAAGGCUUUGGAGCUUUCCAAAAUGAAGCUGUUUUUAGUUUUGGUUGCUGAAUUUGAAAGACUUUGUAAAUAUUGCUCUACUGUACCAAUGAAAUAACAUCGGGGCAGCUGAACCCCAAGCAUGUUGUUGAUGGUUAGCUGAUGUCUCAAAAAGUAAAACUGUAUCAUUAAAAGUUGGUCCCCAA